UCAGAGGUAAUAAAAAAGCCUGCCAUUGAGCCAAGCGAGUGGUGCGUCCACUCCACUCCUCCUCGGAACUGCAGGAAGAGGGCGAAGGGGAAAGAACCACUCUGCUCAGUCCUGUUCCUGAUCCGCUGCUGGUCACGUCACUUUCCUGUCUCCCGGAGAUGAAUCCACUCACUCCUCUUCCUUGCCUCACCGUCCUCCUCCUUUUCUCUCGUUGUGUUUCAGCUGCAGUGGAAGACGGUUUGAUUAACAACGGGGAUUUCGAGACUGCGCCCUCGGGCGGGGCCGCUAGCAGUGGUCUGGGCGAAGGAAUCACCUCCCUCCCCGGCUGGACCAUCAAUGGCAUGGUGGAGCUCGUGGAGUCCGGGCAGAAGCAAGGCGGCAUGAUUCUUAUCGUUCCCGAAGGGCUUCGUGCGGCGCGGCUGGGCAACGAGGCGCAGAUAUCGCAGGGGCUGCAGCUGGAGAAAGGGGCAUCCUACGCGGUAACGUUUAGCGCGGCGCGGACGUGCGCGCAACUGGAAUCGCUUAAUGUGUCGGUGUCGCCGGCGGCGUCGACGGUGGACCUGCAGACGCUUUACAGCGUCGAGGGGUGGGACACCUACGCCUGGGCAUUCCAGGCCCAGGCCGACGACGGCACAGAGUCGCUGCUCAGCUUCAAGAACCCCGGCAUGGAGGACGACCCCACUUGCGGCCCCAUCAUUGACAACAUUGCCAUAAAGAAGCUCUUCGCUCCCGAACGACCCAAAGACAACGCCGUGGUGAACGGGGACUUCGAGGAAGGCCCGUGGAUGUUCCAAAACGCCAGCCUCGGCGUACUCCUUCCGACCAACCUCGAGGAGGCCAUGUCGGCCCUCUCGGGCUGGUUGGUGGAGUCCAAUCGCGCGGUGCGCUACAUCGACUCCAACCACUUUUCCGUCCCUCAGGGUAAGCGCGCCGUCGAGCUUCUCUCCGGCAAGGAAGGCAUCAUAUCGCAGAUGGUGGAGACAACGGCCGACAAGCAGUACAGCCUCACCUUCACCGUCGGCGCCGCCGGCGACUCCUGCCAGGCGCCGCUUGCGGUCAUGGCAUUCGCCGGCGACCAGGCGCAGAACUUCCACUACGCCCCCACGGGCAACGCCACCAGCCAGCCAGCUAACAUCACCUUCACGGCGCGCGCGGAUCGCACGCGAAUUGCCUUCUACAGCGUCUACUACAACACCAGGAGCGACGAUCACAGCUCCCUCUGCGGCCCUGUUGUGGACGAGGUCAGGGUGUGGGGGGCCUCUGGCGCGGCCGCCGCGACGCCCGCUUGGGUCGCGACUCUUCCCAGUCUGCUUGUAACUGUACUUAUGCUCAUCUCUGCCUGAUGCCCAGUCGUCAAGGCAAAUCUCAAAGGAUUUGCUGCUCAAUGUUCGACGGAAUGACUGUGUGAGGAGAGCAAGUGUGAUGGUAGUGUUUUUGCUUCAAUUUCACAUGUAUUUGGAAAUCAAUCCACUUCUGCGACAUAAUAAUGGCAUCAGUAAUUACGAUAUCGAUGAUAAGGAUAAUUUGACUUAUAGUCAUCUCUAUUUA